ACGGUGUGCCUAGGAUUUCCAUCACAACCAAAAUGGCGGUGUAAAGAGACGGUUGGGCACCACGAUGAACGGGGCAUGUUUGUUGUAAUGUUGAAUUGAAUAAUAUAUUCUUAAAGAAGAAGAACAUGAUAAUGUAACUGUGCUUGGAGCCGAACAUACAGACGCCAUAACAGGACACAUAUCGUGUGUGUAAAUCGGAUGAUAUCCACCACGCGGGGAUGGGAGAUGUUGGAGGACAAAGGCCCUCGCGUAGCGGACUACUUUGUGGUGGCCGGCCUGACGGACUCGUCCAAACCGCUGGACGAGGAGAUCCACUUCGACGACGCGUGCCACAAGACGGCCAAGCCGCGCGCGCCCAUCACAGACGUGCUGGUGGUGAUGCGCUCGCUGGGCGAGGAGGUGCCGGCGGGGUACACCUGCGUGGACUCCACGCCCUCCGGCCUGUCCGCAGACCUGAACGGGGGCAGCCUCAUGGGGCCCCAGAUCUUCCUCUGCUACCGCAGGGGCCGCGACAAGCCCCCGCUCACUGACCUGGGAGUGCUGUACGAGUGGAAAGAGCGUCUGAAACCAGGCUGUGACAUCAUCCAGACCACGCCCUCUGGUCGCCCUGCCAACAUCAGCAGCAACUCCUCGCAGCGCAUCUACAUCACAUACCGCCGCGCCUCUGACUCCCUGCCCCACGCCUCGCUGGCCGUCACCGACAUCUGCAUCAUCAUCCCCGGCAAGGGGGAGACUCCCCCUCACACCUUCUGCAGGGUGGACAAGAACCUCAGCAGCAGCAUGUGGGGUACCUCAGUCUACUUAUGUUACAAGAAGUCUGUGGCCAAAACCAACACAAUCGCCUACAAAGCAGGGUUGCUCUGCAGACACCCUGAGGAGGACUAUGAGUCAUUCCCGCUGCCCGAGUCAGUGCCCCUGUUCUGCCUCCCCAUGGGAGCCACCAUCGAGUGCUGGCCUUCCCUGACCAAGUACUCCCUGCCCGUCUUCUCCACCUUCGUCCUGACGGGGGCCUCUGGGGAAAAGGUGUACGGGGCUGCCAUCCAGUUCUACGAGCCGUACCCCGCGGAGCGCCUGACGGACCGGCAGCGCUCCCAGCUGGGGCUGCUGGAGGGCGAGAGGAAGGGCGCCGGCCCCAAGGCCGUUCACACCAACAAGUGCAUCUGCCUGCUCUCCCACUGGCCCUUCUUCCACGCCUUCCGGAAGUUUCUCACCUUCCUGUACCGCUACUCCAUCUCCGGCCCCCACGCGCUGCCCAUCGAGAAGCACAUCUCACACUUCAUGCACAAGGUCCCCUUCCCCUCUCCCCAGAGGCCUCGAAUCCUGGUGCAGUUGUCCCCUCAUGACAGUCUGAUGCUGAGCCAACCGGUAUCCUCGCCCCUGCCCCUGAGUGGCGGGCGGUUCUCCACGCUGCUGCAGAACCUGGGCCCGCAGAACGCCGUCACCCUGCUGGUCCUGGCCGUCACCGAGCACAAGAUCCUGGUCCACUCCCUGCGGCCGGCUGUGCUCACCAGCGUGGCCGAGGCCCUGGUGUCGAUGAUCUUCCCCUUCCACUGGCCGUGUCCGUACAUCCCGCUGUGCCCGCUGGCCCUGGCCGACGUGCUGAGCGCCCCCUGCCCCUUCAUCGUGGGCGUGGACUCCCGCUACUUCGACCUGUACGACCCCCCUCCCGACGUCAGCUGCGUGGACCUGGACACCAACAGCAUCUCCCACACCGAAGAUAAGAGGGCCCUGACCUGGAAGAUCCUGCCGAAGAAGGCCUGCAAGAACCUUCUCAACGUCCUCAACAACCUCUACCAGCAGCUGGCCCAAGGCCAGCACAGGCCCCGGGAGGACGGGCUGCUGGAGCUGGCGGUGAGCGAGCACUGCGACCUGGCCGGGGGGAAGAGCCUGCAGGCGCUGGAGAUGGAGAUCCAGGAGGCCUUCCUGCGCUUCAUGGCCGCCGUGCUGAAGGGCUACCGCUCCUACCUGCGGCCCAUCACCCAGGCGCCCUCCGAGAAGGCCACCGACGCCAGCUCCCUGUUCGACCUGCAAGGGUUCCUGAGAAGCCGGGACCGCUCCCACCAGAAGUUCUACUCCCUGAUGACCAAGACGCAGAUGUUCAUCCGCUUCAUCGAGGAGUGCUCCUUCGUCAGCGACAAGGACGCCAGCCUGGCCUUCUUCGACGACUGCGUGGAGAAGCUGUACAACACAGAGCGAAGCGCAGACAAAGGAGGGAAGGUCGACGGGGAGCGUCCGGAGGAGAGCCGGCUCAUAGAGCUGGACGAAUCGCAGCGCAGCGAGCACACGGUCUUCAUCACCCCCCCGGAACUGCCCACCCUUCCUGAGGGAGAGGAGUACCCGCUGUGCUACAGCUACAGCGGCUUUCCCGUGCUGAGCCGCGAGCUGUUCGACCCUCAGGAGGGCCUGCGGACCCUGGCCUCCCGAUUGGCCACUCGCCACAGCUGCAGCACAAGCCCCGCCCCCAUGUUCCGCCGCACCAAGCAGGAGAUGAGAUCGUCGCAGAAGAUGGCCAAGAAGUACUCGUCCAUCCCGCAGAUGUGGUCCAAGUGCCUGCUGCGGCACUGCUACGGCCUGUGGUUCAUCUGCCUGCCCGCCUACGUGGCCGUCUGCCACUCCAAAGUGCGGGCGCUGCGCACCGCCUACGACGUGCUGCGGAGGAUGCAGGCCAAGAAGCUGCAGCCGCCCGACGAGGUCUGUUACCGGGUCCUGAUGCAGCUGUGCGGGCAGUACGGACAGCCCGUCCUCGCCGUGCGGGUCCUGUUCGAGAUGAAGAAGGCCGGCGUCCACCCCAACGCCAUCACCUACGGCUACUACAACAAGGCGGUGUUAGAGAGCACCUGGCCCUCCAGCACCAGGGGCGGCUACUUCCUGUGGAUGAAGCUGAGGAACGUGGUGCUGGGCGUGGCUCGCUUCCGCCGGCCGCUGAGGAGGCAGCAGGCCUGCGUGGCGCUCACCCCCCUCUCAGAUGGCAGCGAUCUGGACGCGGUCAGCCACGGCAGCCUGGACAGCGCUAACGACGCUAACCCCGUGGAGCAGAGCCCCUUCGGCACUGACUUAAUCAAAGUAGACUCCACCGACGAUAGAUCUAGCACAGGGGGCCAGUCUGACCUGGGGUACAACUCCCUGUCCAAAGAGGAGGUGCGCAGGGGGGACAGCAGCCCACAGAACAGCUCCCGAGACCGAGAGGACAAGAAGGAGAGCGACUCCAGCUCCUUGUCAGAGACGGAGAGCGCCAAGGGCAGUGGAGACUGCCUCCCACAGCUGGACUUCCCGGCAGUACAAGGCCCGUUCCAGCCCCGCGCCGGCAUCGUCCGCGGCAACUGCCCCUACGACAACGCCCCUGGAGAGGCCAAUGAUGCGAGCGCAGCCGCUGGGCUGCUCUUCUCCUCGCUGGAGGAGAUGGGGGCGGUCGAGGGCGUCAGCCUGCGCAGGAGACACAGGAGCGCGGUGGAGGAGGGCCAGGGUUCAGAGGAGUGGCCCGGGGUCAGAGGUCGCAGCCUGAGCGGGGACGGGGCGGGGCACAGGGUCCUGGGGCUGGGGAUGACCCAGGGGGAGACGGACCCCGCCCGCAUCGCCGAGAGGCUGGGCGCAGACGCCAAGAUCCUCUCCGGAACCUUCCGGAAGAGUGCGCGGCCGGACUCCCUGGAGGUGGGCUGCGGAGGGGAGGGUGCGGUCAGGCCCAGCUCGCUGGACGUGGGUACGCCCAGGCGUCGCCACGGCGACAGCCGAGAGAGGGACUCCAGCGACGAGGACAAGGCCGACGCCCCCGCCAUUUUUGACCUGGAGGACCUGGACGGGGAGGCGGUGGGGCCGGGCGCGGGGGCCGCAGGGGCCGCAGGGGCCACAGGCAGGCGCAGGAGGGUGGUGGAGCGCACCGUGAGCUGCUGCAGCUUCAGCGGCCAGGCGGCGAAGCGCACGGGCAUCGAGGCGGGCUUCGACCCGCUCUCCCUGCUGGCGGCCGAGACGGAGCGGACGCAGGAGGAGGAGGCGGAGCCCGAGCGGGAGGGCGGGCCCCUGACGCCGCGCCGCGACCUGGCCGAGGAGAUCGAGUCGUACAUGAACAACAUGGGCAGCCCGCUGAGCAGCCGGGCGCCCAGCAUGGACCUGCAGGAGCCCGCCAGCCCCGCCCCGCAGGACACGCCCGCCUCCCGGCGCUCCAGCCUGCCCCACAGCUCGCCCCGCCCGGCCGGGCUGCCCCGCUCCCGCAGCUACCACCCCCGCCCCCGCCCCCGCCUCUGGUCCUCCCCCACCGUCUCCCUGGGCAGCCCCCGCCGCGACCGCGAUUCCGCCGUGGACCUGCCCUCCCCGUCCUCCUUCGCCCUGGACUCCCUCCUCACCCCCACGCUCGACGUCUUCAAGAGCAGCGUGGUCUCCGCCGGGAAGGGCGUGGCCGAGAAGGCCAGCCGCUGGUAUUCCCGCUUCGCCACCUACACCACGCCCACCAAGGAUGUGAACUCGGACCGGGCCAGCGUGUCCUCUCUGGGCACGGGGGACCCAGACUGCGCCUCCCUGCUGGAUGAGGAGCCCGACCUGGACCCCUCCAGCCCCACCUCCCCCCAGCGCAACGGCGUCAUGGGCCCCAAACGCAGCCCCAACAGGACCAGGCAGGAGAGCCCCACCCUGGCCCCCGGCCCAGGACGACCGGCCCUCCUGUCAGGCUUUGCGGCCUCGCCCUCCCGCUCCCCCCAGCUGGACAAGCCCGACCUGAGCUCCUCCCGCUGCACCAGCAGCAGCAGCACCAGCGCCUUCCACAACUACGCCAUGGAGGUGCUGAUCUCCAGCUGCUCGCGCUGUAAGACCUGUGACUGCCUCGUGUAUGACGAGGAGAUCAUGGCCGGCUGGACCGCAGACGACUCCAACCUCAACACCACCUGCCCCUUCUGUGGGAACCCCUUCCUGCCCUUCCUCAAUGUGGAGAUCAGAGACCUGAGAGGGCCUGGCAGGCACUUCCUGAAGAACAGUCCGUCUACAGAUGAGGCGGGGUCUUCCCCCUUCUCUGUGGGGACUGGGACGUCUACGCUGCCCACACCCUGCCCCUACACCCCGCUCUCCCCGUCCUCCCCCAAAAUCACCGUCCAGGAGUGUUCCGGAAACAACCGGAACAGCUGCCCCCCUCCCCACAGCGACAUUGCCGCGGAGCGUCCUCAGGAUGCCCUCUCCCCACCCCCCCCCAUGGCCCGAAGCAUCAGCACCUCUCAGCCCACAGAGGACCCCCCCAGGCCCAGUCACCGCGUCCCCACGGGGAGCCUGCCCAGCCACCUCAAUGAGCACACGGGCCCUCUGGACGUGGAGUGGCGUCUGCACACCCCAGACCCGGUGACGGUGCCGUACCUGAGCCCGCUGGUGCUGUGGAAGGAGCUGGAGAGCCUGCUGGAGAACGAGGGCGAGCAGGCCAUCGCCGCCUGCGACAUCGUGGACCAGCACCCCAUCGUCUUCUGGAACCUGGUGUGGUUCUUCCGCCGGCUCGACCUGCCCAGCAACCUGCCCGGCCUCAUCCUCACCUCCAAACACUGCAACCAGGACGCCAAGGUUCCUCGCCACUGGAUGUCCGAAGACAGCAAGCACGUGUUGAUCCAGAGGCUUUGGGAUAACCUGAAGCUGCAGCAGGACCCCAUCCAGCCCCUCUACAUCCUCUGGAACACACGCAGUCAGAGCUCCGCGCCUCUGCAGCGGCUGCAGGAGGAGCAGGGCCCGUUUGAGGAGGAGGUGCUGCAGAGCGUGGUGAAGAGCAUCCGGAAGAACGACGUGUACGGACCCAUGAGCCACGUCCUGCAGCUGCUCGGAGACACGCUGGGGGUCAGGAGGCAGAGGAGUUUAUACCGAGACAUCCUGUUCCUGUCCCUGGUGGCCCUGGGCAAGGAUAACAUCGAUAUCGAUGCCUUCGACCGCGAGUACAAGUCGGCGUACGACCGCCUGACACCCAACCAGGUCAAGCUGACGCACAACUGCGACCGUCCGCCCAGCGCCGGCGUCAUGGAGUGCCGCAGGACUUUUGGGGAGCCCCACCUCUGAACCCCGCCCUGCCUCUCUCCUCCCGUCCUCCUUCUCGGGCUCCACCCGCGACAGAGCGAGCAGGAGACCACCUCCAUGACGGACCUCCCUGCAGCCAGUCCUGCUGCGUGCGACACAGGCUUCUGCUGUAGUGUUCUGCCCCCGCCCUGGACCACACCCGCUUCCACAGACCCCCCCACACCCUCCCACACCCCUCCCAAUCACAGCCAUCUGCCCACACCCGUUCCCAUGGCAGCCAUGCUGAUACAUGCUCCUGUAACACCCCUCUGUCUGUACCUACUCCCACAACACUUUGUGACGACACCUACUUCCACAGCGUUCCUUUGACGGGGGGGGGAGGGGGACUUUUAAAAGGGAUUAACACUGCAUCUCAUCUGGAAGUGCACCUGGAAACCCGCUUCUCUCAAAAGCAGUGUCCGACAUUUCCCAAACACUAUUCAAGGACUCCUAUUUUAUGACGAAUUAGAGGAUGCCUUCAUAAUUAAGGUCCUGUUUGUGUUGCAUACAAAGCAGAUGUACUGUAUAUACAACAUUAGACACUUUUAUGAAAAGAAAUAUAUCACAUAGUUUAUAUAUGACUAAAACUGGCAAUAUUUUACUUAUUUGGAAUCUAUUUAUACAAACUUACAUUCUACAUUAUACACUAUUUAUUUCUAUAUGACAUGUUUAGCUGACUGUUUCACUGACUGCCUCCCAUCCCCACCGGGUCAGUGUGGAUUGUUGCAAAAGUCUUUUUGGUGAGAUUCACAUGGCAUCUCCUUGUCUGGAUCCUCGCCUGUCUCCUUCAAUGGAGAAAUGAUCUCAGCUUUAUAGUAUGUGAUGACUGACCAGGUGACCCCCUUUCUGUCAGUGUUUCUAAACACACACACACACAUAUUUGAAGUAUAACACGGAUGUGACUGCAGGUAUUAUUUUAUGAUUUUAUGAGCAUGAAAUUAAUGUGUAAAACGUUGAGAGACCUCACACCUGCAAAUUUAGGUCAGUUUAGUCACUAUAGCCACAUAGCACCUUAACCAGCACAGCCAUGGUGGUGUUGUUAAGGCUGUGCACUUCAGUGUUUAUAACAUACCACCGUUCUGCGUUGCGCAGUCCGUCGAAGUGCGUCCUGUAAAAGUAUAUUUCUGCUAACCGUGACAGAGCAGCUGUAGGCCCCUCUGGAAGGGCCUGUGAGAAGACCGCAGACUGCCUGUUUGAGCCAAUCAACGUACGAGUCCUGCCACGAACCGGCCUCACAGCUGUUCACAUAUCCAUUAACUUGGGUGUCCUCAGCCCUGUCCAACGUUCUACAUGCUUUUAAAAUAAAACGGCUGUUCCGCUGGGAAAGAAAACAUCUGACCGUUUCCGAUAGAUCGUUUUUAGUAUUUUUUUUCUCCGCGGAUGGGUCUACUUCUAAGAUUCUUCAAUUUUUUUUUAGCUGCGUAUCGUUCAGUCGGCUUUCAUAUCCGUUUCAACUCACGAUGUUAGAAAACCAAAAAUUAAUCAUCCAAAAAUGGUACGGUUAUAUAAAUAUAUAUGUAUGUACAAAUGUAUAUUUUAUCAGCACUUUUAAAACUGGCUGUUAACAAUUUGAAGUCAUUUGAAGUACAUCUUAUGAAAAGCAAUGUUGACUUAAAGACGGUGUGGUCUUGUACAGUAUAGCAAUAGUUUCUAUGUCAGCUCCUGAAGUCUUUGUUAUUUCUUUGUCUCCACAUAUUUGCUAUGUGAAUUAAGAACAACCUGUACUGGAUGUUUGUAAAGACCCACUCUUGCCAAGAUGUCAAACGCAGAAGGUGUGUAUAACUGGAACUAAGUAUAGGGCCCAUCAUUCUCAAACACAUGGUUGGAGCUGUUCUUUACUGUGAUGUGUAGGAGUUGCCCUUUUUCGUAACAGUCUUAACGUAAUGUGCUGUGCUGUACAAGGGUGUUUUUAUAACAGUGACGCCCAGUGGAAGGAUACUCGUCUCAUCCGUGUGAGAGAUAUGAUUGGUACGGUAUCGGGUUAGCAGGUACAAGCUGUUCCCAUUGACAGCAGGCGUAUCUGCCCUGCCCUGUCGCACGAGGAACCUCCCCCAGAGCUGUGUUCCUCUCUUACCAUCUGUCUUGGAAAUACCCACAUGAAAUCGCUGGUAUACAAGGCCAGUUUUUUGCUCAUGUACAAUACUUGGUACCUUCUACUUCUAAUGCUUUAUGUAUUUUCUCUAUAGAUGAAUUUAUUUAUAUUUACAUAUAAAUACAGUAUACACAUAUUUACAAGUCUUCAGAAUCUUUUUAUAUAUUACCUUAAAUGUACUCUGUGGUUGUGUAAUAGCACAGCUUAAUUUUCAGUGGCACAUGCAGUAACACAAUGGACUAAAAUAACUGCCUAUUAACGCAUCAGGGUUCAGAAUGAAUGCUUAUCAGGAGUGCUGCCUGUCAUGGGAGUAUGAAUGAAAGUGAUUUCUUGUACGGUUGCUGUACAGCCAUGAAUAUUCUUUGUGCAUAGUUCAAAUACUUGUGCAAGCAGGACAAACCUUUGUACAAAGUGGUUCCUUUAGCGCAGGGGUGUCCAAUCUUAUCCAGAAAGGGGGUGGUGUUGGUGCAGGUUUUUGUAUUAGCCCAGCUCUAAGAGACCUAGUUCUACUUAUCAAGGUCUUGACUGUAGACCGAGAUUAGGACAUGAACUCAAUCAGGUGUUAGUAGUGCUUGGCACCACAAAAACCUGUACCCACACCAGCCCUUUUUCAAUAAGAUUGGACACUUCAGCCUUGGAUGCUUUAGCGUGUUUAGAGAAAUGGGGUAGGAGUAAGCAAACCUUGAGAGUUUACGGUUGUUGCUGCUAUUCAUUUUAUUUUUCAUUUUACUCAACGUUGUCUGUUUACACUAUUUUACAGAAAUGCAACUGUUGGCAGGGAAUGCUUUUGAGUUGGCAAGGAGGCUGUUACCAAUUCCAGUGAAGAAAGUCUUAACACUUUUGUACUGAUGUCAGGAGAUCUUUGGUAGUUUUUGGUCAUUAUAUGUACUUUGAUGUCUUAUAGGUCCAGAUACAUAUAUGUUGAACAUGAUGAAGUCAGAUUUUAAAUUGCCCUCUAAUUGGCUGGAGCAUGGUGAAUCAGGGCACGGCAUUGGUACAGCUGUGUCCAGGUUAAUCUCAGUGAAUGAUUUUGCUGUGAGUUGCUGUCAUGGCUGCUAGAGGAGGGCUUCUCCCAAGAGGUGUCCAAUGAGUGUUGUCUACAUCAGUGAUGUACAGCAGAGGUCACCAGUCCACAAGUUCAAAAGUGCUAUGCAAUUGUGCUGAAGAUGGGGUUUUUUUUAAUGUGAAAUAAUUCUCAAUAUCUUUCAACUUGAACUUGUUGUUCCCAACCCAAUCGAGGACGCGUGGUUUUUAGCACCAGCUGGACAAUAAAUAUUUUACCUCAAAGGCUUGUGUGAUCUGCAGCAGCUGGGCGAUCGGUCUCUUCGAUUAGAAGCUGUACAAGUAAAACAAUUUCAUUGUUUUAGGUCAGUUAUAUUGUACUAUUCCAUGUCUUUGUAAACAUCUGAUCUGCCCUAGUCCAAACGGUUUGCAAAGUACCAUUUGUUUUGUCUGAAUGUCCAUAGUGUUUACAGAAGUGUGCACGAACAAUGGGUCUUGAGUCUGGUGAUGAAAACAUGUCUUUGACUGGAUCUACAGGGUCGUCUUUUACAGUGUAAAUAAACUCGCUCGUACUGCG